GGCCCUCUCUCUCUCUCUCUCUCUCUCUCUGUCUGUCUGUCAGGCCUGAAGCAGCAUGGAGGAGUCUGACCUGCUGAAGGAGAGGCUCCAGGCCAUCACUGAGAAGCACCGUAUUCAGGAAGACAUCAGACAGAAGAAGCUGGAACUGGACAUAGAGAAACUCAAAUAUCAGCAUCUGAAGAAAAAAGCUCUGAGGGAGCGGUGGCUCCUACAGGACUCUGCUUCCCACAAUGCAACAGACUCACCACGGCAUCAGAGCCUUCUGUCUGACCAGCAGCAGACCAGAGCACUGCAGCUGAAUAUCUGCAGGAUCGAGAUGGAGGUGGAGGCUCUGGAGCAAGAGGAGUCUAUGAUUUCCACCAAUGAGAGCUUCAUACUCAACAGACUGAAGGCUGUGGAGAGAAGUCCAGAGGAAAUCAUUAAGGAGGCCCAGGAAAACUUUGUUCCUGAACCAGUUCAGGUCGCCACAGAGAUCCCAGAUGUCCCAGAAUCCCUUUCUCCGCUAGCCAAUAAUCACACUGAGAUCAACACACCAAAAAAGACUGUGUUUGCCAUGGAGAUCAAUGUGACCAAGAACCUGCAGACGGGGGAGAGCACCGUCCUCUCUACUGCGACUGUUCCCCCCGAGGAGCUACAGCCGCACGACGGGCUCAAGGUUUACGAGGACAGCAGGAAGUGUGUCUACGCUCUGAAGCCACAACAGGGGUCACAUGACCAGACCUGUGUCUCUGAGCUGUCAGCACACGAGGUGGAACAUCUCCUGAGAAGCGCCACAGAGCAUCGCCAAGUAAACUACCAAAGCUACCACCAAAACUCCAGCAGAAGGGAGGGCCACUGUUUCUACAGCUACCCAGAUGACAGAGACAGAGUGGAGGGCUGUGAGCUCAGAAACCAGGGACAACGUCAUGGUAACCAUGCCCUCAGUAACAGCACAGACUUCAGCUAUAGGGAAAACUGGCAGAGAAAACCACAGGAUGAUUAUCAUUAUGAUCACCAAGGAAACCAUUACAGUAGGCAGGAAGAGAGACACAACCAAAGCAACCUGAGGGAAGGUCAUCACUUUGGAAACAACAAGGGGUUGGGAUUUCACUAUGGCAACCGUCCCUACAGUUCUUACCAGGUGGGAAGCUGUCACAGUGUUCAGGAACUUCGGCCUGCUAUGCACCACAGCAACAGCUUCACCAGAGGCAAUAGUAGGGUGAAUGGAGUCAGAGCCAAUGGCUGUCCUCCUCCCAGAUCACAUGACCAGGAAGCAGUGUCAGCCUACCAACCACAGCUCUGCUACACUCCAGCCAAUUAUAUUCCUCUUACUGAUUACAUCAGUGUUGAUGAAGAGGAUCUUUAUUGUUACCAACCCACUGCUCUGUACAUUGGCCCCACCCCCUCUGAGAGAGUGCCCUCCCCCAUCUAUGGAGACGACACCUCUUACACCAUCCUUAAUGCCAUGGACACCACUGAGCCAAUCACAGCCAUCUUUAUGGGCUUCCAGACGGCACAGGAUGACAGUGGGCGGGUUCAGGAAUUUGAGGGCUCUCUGAAGGCCGAGCUGGUCAUCCUGGAGGACAGUGAAGAAAAUGAUGAGGAGAAGAAGAGCCACGCCCAGCCGGGGGUCAACAGCUUUUCAAAAGAAAGUGCAGCCAAUGGCGGCUCGGGGCCUGUGGAGGCACUUGGAGACAGACGGACAGAGAGGCAGGUGAGACCAGGUAUCAAAAGGAUCCAGAAAAAACACAAACCCUGCUGUACUGUUUGCUGACGGGACUAACUCAUGCAUGUGUCCAGCUUCAUCAGUCCGCUCACCUAACGAUUAACUGCACAGACUAAUCCGUUUCUCACAGUGAUGCUUGACAUUAACUGAACUGUUGAGGUGCUAAGAGAAUAAGGUCGGAUGCUGCAAUUCACAUCUGCUCUUUUAUGAAACUGGAGACCUGAUAUCAACAUCAUGGUGCCAUUUCUCCUACACAGGUAACUAGAUAGGUUUACAAUAGUGGGGACAGUUUGUUGACAAGAUAUCUGCAUUAUUCAUAAGGUUCCAGUAAUUAUUUCCUGAGAGAAUGUCAUCAACUCUGCAGCUCUUUGGUUUUAUGUAUCAUUGAACUUUAUAUUUCUGUCUCACUGCUCUCAUCUGAUAAUGUCUGUCCUCUUCCUGCCCAGCAGCACACGGCAGACAGACACAGGAAGUGGCUAGCUGGUAAACAUUAGCUUAGCGGCUAAAGAAUCAGAUACUUUUCUCAUGAGUUGGUGGAGAGUGAGUUUUUAAAUUCAUCAGGUGGACACAAACACAACUUGACAUACUGUAAAUGUAUGUGUUACUACAUGUCGGGUGGGUGUAUGUAUACCUAAUUAUUUGCUAACAUGUUAGCCUUAAUGAGAUUGUAAGUUGAUAUACCAGGUCAUUUUCUGCAGUUUAAAAGCAAAAUUCUACCAGAAAAUGUAUCUAGUCUAUAUUAUACUUUCGAUGAAUAAAUGCAUAUGUACAGCACAGCUCAACUGCUCUCCUGUGGUGCCCUCUGCUGGCGGCAGCAUGCUGAGGUCGCCCAGUUCACAAUAAUGAGCAGCUAUAAUAACUCAUGCCUGAUGCCUGAGUUUAAGCUAAAAUUAUUUUGAAUUUUCAUGAAAUUUAAAGUGUUUUUCUAAUAUAUUAUAUUGAGGUGUACCAUAUACUGAAGUAGAGGAUUUUAUGGAUUUACUCAUAGAGAGUUUCCAAAGUAGGUUUCACAGGUAACCAGUGGUACCCAGAGAUUCACGCUGUAUUAAUCCAACACAGUAUUAGGGCCACAUGGCCAAAAGUCAUAAUAUUAUGAGAAUAAAGUUAUCAUUUUAGGUUGCAUGUUGUUUUAGAGGGGAAAUAUCAGAAGAUUUAAAAUGAGGAACAUGGAGCAUCCUGUAAAGUUCUACUUUAGCAGGUUUCACAAAUAAGGAGAAACUUCAUCUUUUGGCUCAUCAGCAUCAGGACAUUGAAAACAUUGUGAAGAAACUAAGUCUAUUCUAUUAUUAGACGGAUAAACAGCAGCUGCCAGAAGCAUAUUUCACCUGUUUGGUUGAUGUAAUAUUCCUACGACAUUAUUCUUGUAAUAUUAUGACUUUAUUCUCAAAAUUUCAGCUUUCUUUUUUUUCCUCAAUGUGUCCGUAAUACUCCAUCAUAGAGAAAUAAAAGCAAAUUCAAUUAUUUCAAUUGACUAACGCUGCCAAUGCUAACCCAGUCCGAGAAUAUACAAGUGUAUUAUGAUUGGUUUCAUUUCGGUGAUGAACUCGCAAUGAAAACCAUAAUUAUGUCAAAGGCAGACUUCAUUAUUUACAGAUUAAACAUAUACUCAUAUUAGCACGCAACCAAGUCAGUUGUUGUGAAGAACUUUUAAUAAGGUGUUUUUUUGUUUUGUCUAACCUUAGCUUUUGUCAAACUACUAAUGCUUUUCAAUUUUUUAUACUAACUUCUGUUUGUACUGUACAUGCUGUAUGUUUGAGUACACGUCACGUGAAACGCACGUGGAUAGUGUGUAAUGAUGCUAAUAAACAGGAGUUAAAAUGGGAUUUCAUUCAAGAGAGCUAAUAAAAAACAAAUGGAGUGGU